AUGAUCAUCGCAGCAAGAAAUGGUCAUCUGGAGAUUCUUCAAAUUUUUAUUGACAACCUGCCUUCAAUCAUUACAAGGUCUGCUAUUCGAUCCCAGCAUCUUCUGAGCCACGCAGCCCUACGUGGUCAGUUAGACGUAGUUAAGUUCCUAAUUGCUCAGGGUGCCCUAGUGAACUAUAUUGAUGAGCUGGGAGGCACUCACUCGAUUCUUCAUUCUGCGGUUGUGGGGGGCCAUGUGUCGGUGGCUAAAUAUAUAAUCGAGGAGACUAAAUGCCAAGAUCUAUCACAAGAUUCGGCAUUUCAUCUUCUUUGGUGUGCCAUAAAGGAAGGUCAGUUGGAGAUGGUCAAAUACCUGGUCAAAUGUGGUGCUUCCUUUACCUAUCGACCCUCCAACUACAUCUACGACCAUAACCCUGACUCGGCCUUUUAUGCUGCCAUGAAAGCGGACCACCCAGACAUCUACGACCAUAACCCUGGCUCGGCCUUUGACACUGCCAUGAAAGCGGGCCACCCAGACAUGGCAUCAUUCUUCCUAGCCAAUGUGACUCCCGAAUCUCUGGAUAGCAUAAGCACCAGCGGCUGGAAAUGGAUGUUGAAACCUUGUGACCGUGAUAAUGGGGGAGAUUUACGGCCAUCUCCAUGGAGAGAACCACACAUUGCCCCGAUGAUAUUGGACCGAGUCGAUCUGGAAACACAACUCGCAACUAUUACUCCACUUGAGCAAGCCUAUCUGCUUGGCGUGGCGGCAGAGACUGGAAACAUGUCUCUCACUCAACGACUACUUGACAAGGGGUGUAGCCCUGUCUUGUCCGAAUUGAGAUACUUACCAGUGUCCCGUGCAGUGAGAAAUGGGCAUGCCGAAAUUACGGAGACUUUGCUUCGUUGCCCAGAGUACCCAGUUUCCGAAAAGGACGUUUCUUUUGCGGCGAAAAGGGGAGAAACAGCUAUUGUCCUCGGGCUUCUCCGCAAAGUGGGAAGAAAUGAUUUCAAGAAAUUUGCCAAAGUUGCAUUGGAUGCAGCUUCCUAUCCUGACCAAUUCAUACCGGUGAUGAUGUUUAGUGUUUUUGACAUUCUCACCGAACAAGACGUGGAGACUUUGAUUUCGAUGGUAACAAGCUCCACUGGUCGUCAAGCUUCGCGUCACGCGGCGGCCGUUUGUCCAGUUACUCAAUUCCAAGCAGCACUUGCGCAAUGGAGAUUUGAGCUGGAUCCAGACAGCGAUGAUUGCAAAGCGGCACUUGUUGCCGCUGUCCUUCACAAGAAAAACGAAAUUAUUCAAUUAUUUAUUGAGAAAGGGUUUGAUGUCACUUCCACAUACAUACGCCAUGGGAAGCUCUCGCCGUUGCUACAUCUAGCCGUGGAACCACUGGAAGACGAGGCGGGCGUGGUCAUUGACUUUGACGAUGAAAACCAAGCGCAAGCACAACAGUAUCAUUAUCCCAAUGGACAUCCAUGGUUGGACCACGUACAUCCAUGCGCAUCAAUUCAAUUGCUCAUCGAGCAUGGUGCAGAAAUCAAUCAAGUGGACGCAGAUGGCCUAAACGCUCUGUUAUUAACGACAGAAAGUGGAGCACUCGGCUUGACAAAGGAACUUCUCAGGCUGGGAGCCAACCCUUUGCUCAGGACGUCGGCAAAGGUCAGCGCUCUCGAGCUAGCCAUUUCCCAAUACCGAACACAAUAUGUGAAAGCCUUUUUGAAGGCCAUUGAGACUCAUUCUUUCACCUGUGAGAACUUCAUCAGCCUCAUCCCUGAUGCUCUGCCACUGGAGAUGCUGCCAAAUAGAGCUCCUAUAAUUCCAGGAGAUCGAUAUUAUAUCUUUGCAAGCGAAUUAAUUUCAGUGCUCGGAAUGCUUGCUCGAGAUGGACGGAUGGAGCUACCUCGGGAAUCGCGACCUCAGGCAUGGAUGAGGAACUCGCCGCAGGACUGGCUGGAGAGUUCGGAGGACAGCUCCAGGGAGAGCUCCAGGGAGAGUUCGGGGGAGAGUUCGGAGGAGGACUCGGAGGAGGACUUGGAGGAAGACACGGAGGACGACUCGGAGGAAGACUCGGAGGAAGAUUUGGAGGAAGAUUUCGAAGAAAACCGGGAAGAGAGUAUCGAAGAAGAUAAUUUUGUACCAAUUUGGUCUGGAACCGAAGACGAUGACAGCAUUAGCGAUCCACGCUGGGCGCGAUUCUUCAUCGCAAAGGCCAUGACCCAACAUCACUGGCGAAUGAUGUACCCAGUACCAAUUUAG